AUGAGCAGGUGUUUGAGGUUGGUGAAUCGUGAAGCAUUCAACUCAUCUUUGGGUAUCAACGUGACUGGAAUACAAGAAAACUAUUUACGCUUAAGCAUACAUGAAGGAGCAUCUGUGUCCAUUUCACUUGUGCCAGCCAGACAGGAUGUUCAGAAAGUUGAUUGUGCAGGCACUGACAAUUUAGAAAACUGCAAAUUAUACCUCUGGAAACAUUUGAUGGCUCGAAAUACAUGGUCAGCCAGUGAAGGAUGGGCUAAAUCCUUGGGUCACUUUUGCAUGUCUCUUGCUCACAGUAUCUUUGCACGCAAAGUUCUUUCUGAGCUGGAAAGUAUGUUGAUAUCUCAUCCCACUUGGCAUUCGCGGACAUCUUCAUGGACACUCUCCAUGAAGCUUCCUGAGUCCAUUCUUCAUGCAGGACGCCGAACUCAGACAUCUGACCCACACCAUGUGCAAAAUGUAAAGUCUCAUUUCCGAACUAAGGUUAUGGUAAAUGAUGAUUCCAUCAAUGUAGAAGGGGAAGGUGCUCCCAAUGGGGUAUUUUUCAUCUACAUCUAUCCCAAUGAGCCGUCUAUCGAAUCGUUGCAAUUGAUGUUCGAUCCCGAAGAGAAGGAAGAGAUCUUCGGAAAGUGGGUUUUUAUGAUCCGAUAA